UCUCUCUCUCAAAUUAAUUUUGUUUGGUACCGUCUGUAUGGAAAAAACCAUAAGUUGGACUCUUUCUACGACAUUUUACGCCAUUGAAGCCUCUCUCUCUCUCUCUCUCUGUGUUUUUCCCAAAUUCUUGUUUGUUUGGGUUUUUGGGUCAGAGAAGAAGCCAUGAGAGGGUUCGAGGAGGCGGAGAUUGACCGACUUCCGACUGAUCUUCUUGCUCAUAUAUUCCUUCUUAUCACCUCCUUCAAAGAUUUAGCAGAGGCGAGUGGGGUAUGCAAGAAAUGGAAGCAAGCGGUGAAGCAGUCUCUGGCUCAGAGAGAGAGACUCAGCUUUACUGGUUGGAAAAUGGACGAUGAUUCCACCACUCGCCUUGUUCUCCAUGCUUACAACCUCAAGGACCUCGACAUUUCAAGGAGCCGAUGGGGUUGCCAAAUAACGGACAUCGGACUAUACCAAAUCUCUGCAGCAAAAUGUGUCAGCAACCUCACUUCCAUAUCCCUAUGGGGUAUGUCAGGGAUCACCGAUAAAGGUGUUGUUCAUCUGAUAUCAAGAACUUCUUCCUUGCAACACCUGAAUAUUGGCGGUACAUUCAUAACAGAUGAAUCUUUGUUUGCUAUCGCAGAUAGCUGUCCACAUUUGAAGACUAUCGGCCUGUGGAGCUGUCGUCAUGUUACUGAAAAUGGACUUUUCGUUCUUGUGAACAAAUGCCGGAAACUUGAAUCAAUCAAUGUGUUUGGUACGAGGGUUCCUCUAGGCUGCUUCAUUAGCUUGCUCUCCAUCAGUCCGGCUCUUCAGAUUAAACCUCAAGGACUACUGCUAGAUGUUGAAAGGGUUUCCAUGUGGCCCGUUGUGUAAAUUGUUAUAAAAUGAUGGCUUCUAUAUCCGAUUUGUGUACAGAUUGUUUUGAAAAACAGUGAUUGAUUGAAACAACAGCUUUUACAGGGUUACAUAUUGUUUCUGUAUGUAUUUGCCUCCCCAAUAAACUGUUGGUGGUUUGCCUCAUGACAAACUAUACAUCUUAAUUGAUGUAAAAGAGUAUUUUGUGCAAGAAAUGUUCAAGAUUGGUUAAAUAAAUGUCUUCUUAUUGUAGAUUCCACUAA